UCACUCAACACACACACACAACAUUUCCGAUCAAAACACACUUAAAAGUCAGCGAUUAACCUUGGUGUUGGUGUAAGAAAGGUUUUCUUUUGAUUGUGUUUGAUCCUGAUACUUCGCGAUCCUGUUCUUAUGAAGUUCAUCAUUUGGCCUCAGAAUUCUUUGCAGUCCCCGAGUCAGCCUGCCUGGAAUGCACUGAGCUCUGAUUAGUCCAGUGUUACUUUAGCACAAGAUAUACUGCGAUGUCCUAUUUUAUAAGCUUCAAUCAGAGGCUCGUAUUUUGGAUUCCAACGUAAACCCUAUUAUCGACAGAUUAACCCUAUCAAUUUUGCUCAUGAAUUCCAUCCUGAACAUGUACGAAGUCGACCAGCUACUGGGUCAAAGCUCCGAUGUCUCGUCACCUGCGAUGAUGGAGCCAAUCGACCCUGCCUCCUUGAUAAUGGGGCAGGAUAAAUUAUUGGACGAUGAGUUAGAUGACAAACUGCUUGCCAACUUGCCUGACGUUGCUCUCACAACUGAGUUCACAUCGCUGAAACUUGGAAUUCCGGAGAUGUCCGAAUCUUUGGUUAAAAGCUUUUUACUACUGGAUGGGAAAGAAUUGUUGAAAGUCAGUUCAGCCGAUGACUUCAUCAAAAAGUUGAACAUUCAGGAUAGCUCCGUACGUAUCAAAGUCAUCUCAAUCUUUGGCAACACUGGAGAUGGUAAAUCGCAUACGCUGAAUCGCACCUUUUUUGAUGGCCAGGAGGUUUUUCAAACUUCAAACGAGCAGAACUCAUGCACGCUAGGCGUUUGGGCUGCCUACGAUCCUGAUUUAAAGUUGAUUUGUCUGGACACUGAAGGUUUACUUGGCACAACAAGUCAUGAAAAUCAGCGCACGCGGCUACUCUUGAAGAUCCUAGCAAUUUCGGACAUUGUUAUCUACAGGACUCGCUCAGAACGGCUCCAUCGGGAUCUGUUUUCGUUCUUGGGAUCUGCGUCCCGAACUUAUACACAACACUUCCACUCGGCGUUACAGUCAGUUACCCAGAGAAAUGAAUUUGGCGGCCCUUUGUCUGCUCUUGGACCAGCUGUAAUCAUAUUUCAUGAAACGCGGCACACUCAACCAUUACAUCCAGUGAAUGGUGAAAGCACUGAGGAUUUGAUUCGCAGCAGUUUUGCAAGGAUGAAACUCGACAUUGAUGCAUUCAGCUCACUCCGUUACAUCGGCAUUCAAACCCAAAUUCCUCCGACAAGUUUUAGUGAAUUGCGAGAUGCAGUGACUCAAGAAUUGAACAACACAACUGUGCGCUCUGCACGGAGUCCACAAAUCGUCUUCGUAACGCUGAAUGUUUUGAAUGACAAGUUUAGUGGUGAAUUAGAGGACAAAAAUCAGCUCUACUUUCCGGACCAGUAUUUCACCUGCUCCGCAACAUGUCUCUCUUGUGAGAAACGCUGCGAAAGGUCCAUGGGCCAUGUCAAAGAAGGAGUAUCUCAUCACUGCUCUUGUAAAUGCAGGUAUCAACAUCAAUAUGAUAACUGUGUAUAUGUCUGUAAAGCCUGUCAUACCAAUGGACAAGAAGUUGUUGUGAAACCUAAGUAUGUCUCCUCCAGUGAUUCAUCGUGGUUUGCGUUCGCAAAAUAUGCCUGGUCUGGGUACGUGAUUGAAUGUCCUUUCUGCGGUGAGAUUUACAGAAGUCGUCAAUUCUGGUACGGCAAUAAUGAGCCUGAUGCAGUUGCUGUGAGAACAGAAAUCAUGCAUGUUUGGUCUCAGGGAAACUCUGAAAAUGGCACAGUACAGAACCCAGCGCAGCGAGUGUUGGAUAGCGUCUCGUACCUUUCAGAAGCUGUUGCAAGCGUUACCUCAGAGCCCUCUAGAGUAGCUUCAUCUUGGAUUGCAGAUCAGAUUGCACCCAAGUAUUGGAAGCCGAACAGUGAGAUAAAAAAUUGCAAGGUUUGCUUGAAGUUAUUUCCGAACAAUGCAUCGAAACACCACUGUCGAGCUUGCGGCGAUGGAGUUUGCGAAGGCUGUUCCAUGAAUAACAAACCUGUUCCUGAGAAAGGAUGGGAAAAUCCUGUCAGAGUGUGUGAUAUUUGUUAUAAGGGUUUAUCAAAAAUUGCAGAGAGUUAUGAGUCCAGUGAUCACAAUUCGGAUGACAACGAAGUCAUAGUGCGAAAAGUUGGAGAAGCGGUAGUCAGCACAAUUUCAAGUGUAGUGAGCGUUCUGGAGUAUCCAAAAAGUUUCAUUAAAGAUAGCGCAAGGCCCGCUUACUGGGUUCCAGACCAUGAGAUCAAAAAGUGCAAUGUGUGUCAGUGUGAUUUAAGGCCUCCAAAAGGUGCUCCUCUUCAUCAUUGUCGAGACUGCGGUAACGGUGUGUGUCCAAGCUGCUCAAUGGCCAGGAUACCAGUACCCAAAAGGGGUUGGAAUCACCCAGUCAGAGUUUGUAACAAUUGCGUCAAAUCGUAGGUAGGCUGCAGGUUUUACCGUCGAAAUUAAAGUUGGGUUUCCAAAUAGACUGAUAGCCAGGGUCAGAAAAUUACCACCACUAUCCAUGCUGCUUUAUGAUUAUUUUAAACAGAACAUAAUGAACACUUCAAAAAAUUUUGGAUACAACUCAUAAAUGAUGAAUCCAUAUGGCUCCUUCUGUAUUUUUCAACUCAAGCUACCCUCUUUCUAAGAAAAAUAAAAAAAAAAAAAACCUUCAGGGUAAAAUUGUCCGCCUUGUGAUGAAUUUUUUUU